CCCCCUCAGUUUCCUCCUGCCCCCGUGUUGGAGGCCCAGCGCCCUGGAACGAUGGAAGGCAGAGGAAGAUCCUGCUCACGCUUCCUUGACCCGCUAGAAAGGUUUUCCAGGGAAAUGGAAUCUGAGUUAUAGAUUUCUGCGAGUCCUCCGGAUCCUUAUUUAACGCUGCGCGUGGUGCCUGCCCGGCCAGCAGUGGCCACAGUUGAGAUGCUGGCCGUGGGUGUUUGCACUUAGAUCACAGUAACUCCGCCAGUCCCUUUAGUAACAUGUCCAAUGCCUUGGCCAAUGCCGUGUGCCAGCGCUGCCAGGCCCGCUUCGCCCCCGCCGAGCGGAUUGUCAACAGCAACGGCGAGCUGUACCACGAGCACUGCUUCGUGUGCGCACAGUGCUUCCGGCCCUUCCCCGACGGGCUCUUCUACGAGCUCGAAGGGCGGAAGUACUGCGAACACGACUUCCAGAUGCUGUUCGCUCCGUGCUGCAGGACCUGCGGCGAGUUCAUCAUCGGCCGCGUCAUCAAGGCCAUGAACAACAACUGGCACCCCGGGUGCUUCCGCUGCGAGCUGUGCGACGUGGAGCUGGCCGACCUGGGCUUUGUGAAGAACGCCGGCAGGCACCUGUGCCGACCCUGCCACAACCGUGAGAAGGCCAAGGGCCUGGGCAAGUACGUCUGUCAGCGCUGCCACCUGGUCAUCGACGAGCAGCCCCUCAUGUUCAGGAACGACGCCUACCACCCAGACCACUUCAGCUGCACCCACUGCGGGAAGGAGCUGACUGCAGAGGCCCGCGAGCUGAAGGGCGAGCUCUACUGCCUGCCCUGCCAUGACAAGAUGGGUGUCCCCAUCUGUGGGGCCUGCCGCCGGCCCAUCGAGGGCCGUGUGGUCAACGCGCUGGGCAAGCAGUGGCACGUGGAGCACUUUGUCUGUGCCAAGUGUGAGAAGCCGUUCCUGGGGCACCGGCACUAUGAGAAGAAGGGCCUGGCCUACUGUGAGACCCACUACAACCAGCUCUUUGGGGACGUCUGCUACACCUGCAGCCACGUGAUCGAGGGCGAUGUGGUGUCGGCCCUCAACAAGGCCUGGUGUGUGCACUGCUUCUCCUGUUCUACCUGCAACAGCCGGCUCACCCUGAAGAACAAGUUUGUGGAGUUCGACAUGAAGCCCGUGUGUAAGAGGUGCUACGAGAAGUUCCCGCUGGAGCUGAAGAAGCGGCUGAAGAAGCUGUCGGAGCUGGCAGCCCGCAGGGCGCAGCCCAAGUCUGCGGGCCUCCAGCCCGCCUGAGAGGCCCGCCCGCCGCCCGCAUCGUCCUCCUGCUCCCCCCGCUUCGCCGCCCGCCCCCGCUGCCCGAACCUGCGGCUUCUCCCUGCCGUCUCUCCGCUCAGCAUCCCCCCCAAGGCGUCCCGUCCCUCCCCUCCCUCCUUCCACGAGGCCAGAGGCCAUGGGGCAGGGGCCUGGGCGUGGCAAGCCUGUGACACAUCCUCGUCCACAGCUUCGGCCCGAGGUCUUCCAGGGACAGAAGCAAGUAGGGCCAGGGUCACCUGGGCCGGCCUGUCCUGACCUGUCCCAUCCCCGCAGGAGGCCUCGUGGCUCGCAUUCUGUGGCAGCUUGGCCAGCCUCCGCCCCCCGUGGCACAGGUGCAGCCCACGGCCAGGCGGCCGCCCGGACCCCAGGGCCAUGUGGGUGGGCGCCCCCGGGGAGCCACCCUGCAGUCCCCCGACCACGCACGUGCUCAGCCAAGCAGGAGCCUCGUGCCCAGGCCAGGCCGGCGAGUCCCGCUUCUUCAGCCCACGCAGCAGCGGGAGGGCCCCCGCUCGCCCCGCCGCCAGGGCACCCGCUGACUCCCCGGUGCAGCCUGGGGCCAGGAGGUGGUGGGCUCUGGUGGGCGGCUCAUUCCUGCCCUCCGGGGAGGACAGCGUGGGACCCUGGUGUUGGGACUCACACUUGCACAACGAAUGAAGGCUUUUCUACACGA